AUGCAGGGCUUUAAUAUGGGGCGUUACGUCCCUCCGGACCAGGAGGGAGUGGUGAGCGGAAAUCAGCUUCACGGGAAACAUGCUCUUGGAGCGCGCGCAAACAAGAUAUCCCAAGGAAUCCUCACUGUACGAUUCGAAAUGCCUUUCCCUAUAUGGUGUACACACUGUCCCAAACCCACGAUUAUCGGCCAAGGUGUUCGAUUCAAUGCGGAGAAGAAGAAAGUGGGCAACUACUACUCAUCGCCGAUAUUCAGCUUUCGCAUGAAGCAUGUGGCCUGUGGUGGUUGGAUAGAGAUUCGGACGGAUCCGAAGAACACGGCAUAUGUGGUCACUGAGGGCGCGAGAAAGAGAGACUUGGGCGAGGACAAGGUCAUGGAUGGCGAUCUGAAGAUAAUGACGCAGGAGGAACGGGAGGCUAUGAGAGAUAAUGCCUUCGCAUCCCUGGAAGGAAAGGUAGAGGACAAAAAAAGAUUGGAAUAUGCCAAGCUGCGGCUUGAAGAGUUACAGGAAUUGUCUGAGAAGCAGUGGGAAGAUCCCUAUGAGAAAAAUCGUAAUUUGCGGAAGGCCUUUCGCGUUGGGAGGAAGCAGAGAGAAGCAGAUGCUGGGGUGACCGCUACGCUACAGGACAAGAUGAGCCUUGGCCUUGAUCUUUUGCCGGAGAGUGAAGCUGAUGCAAGAAUGGCUAAGCUUAUUGAUUUUGGUAGCAUUGAUACGGAAAAGCAUGUACCAAAAUCGAUUUCGAAGCCUCUAUUCGAAGAGAAUGUCCCACCACUGGACUCUAAUUUACCGAAAGGAAAGAAAAUGUUAAGAUCGGAACAGUUGGCUGAACAGCGAAAGAAUGCAAUCAAAAAUGAGAUAAGAACUAAUACUAGGGUUGCCUUAGAUCCUUUCUUGGUUCUGUCAAAUCCACAGGCCAAAUCUGGAGGAAAGUUGGUGCUUUCAGGUUUGAAAAGAAAGAGGCUUGAAUCUGAUGAGACACCCUUACCGGGAGCUCUGCCGGACGCCACAAGUGGCAGCGCGUUGGUAGAUUAUGAUUCCGAUUGA